CCCUCUGUCACUGCUACAGAGUCUGGAACCUGCAGGUGCUAUUUUUACACUUGUUUUUGUUUUCUAGUUCGCUUUUCAGAAGGGGACCCUCACAUCCACCCACACCUACUACGCGUUGCGCAGAGCGACAUCACUCGCGCGGCUCUCCCAACCUCCCUGCCUUUACCCCCUUUUCACGCCUCCAUAUCAAGGGGAUCUCCGUCUCCGGUCUUCGUGCUUACCUUCGACGGCUCCACAGGUUCCGCUGCCCGUAACCUAGAACCUCUCCGUCGACUGCUGGAUCCUCAAGCUCGUCCCACAACUGACGAAACCGCUCCUGGUGCCGUGGUUCUGCGAGACAACAGUUGUCUCUCGGCAAGAGACAGUUAACUUUGAUCUUCUUGUCUCGUCUUUCUUUUCAAGCCGACGUCCUCUUGUGAGUCUCUGCCAAGUCUCAGCUAUCACCAGAUCUUGUUAUCUUCUUCAUACCGCCAUUCUUCCCAUCAUCGAGUUGCGAGUCCGUUCCCAUCUGCUGAGGCUCAUUUCGGCCGUGCUACUCGUCGGUUGCCAUAACCCCAGUCGCUCGUUAAUCCUUCAACCUGUUGCGUCCACCGCUCUCCCGUUCUCGCGGCGUCGAUAUCACCAUAUCCCUAUUUUGCCUUCUCACUUGAGCUGCGAUUUAUUGCCAUCCACUGUUGCAAAUGUUGAUGAAUGUCGAUGACCUAUUUGACGCCUGUCGGUCUCCUUAUCGGAUUUUAAUCUUACAUCUUUCUUCUUCAAUUUGUGCAGAAUUUUGAACUCCCCCCUUCUGGAUAGUGUGGAGAUUUCACACUCCUUCCCGCCCCCGGUUUUCGACUUCUACUUCGAUUUCCUUCGUUGCUCAAGCCGUUUUAUGAUAUUCAACUUUUUUAAUCACCAUGAAUUCCAACGUGAACCGAGCGAAAAAAGUACCCCAACUUCGCCUGAAUUCCGGCUAUCAUGAUCCUUUUACAGACCAGUCAAAUGGUGUGGGCGAGUUCUCCGCCGCAUCUCGUCCAUUGAUCGCACCUCCUGAACCGCCUUAUUCGCCAGUUAGUCGGCUCAAUUCCUCUCCAGAGCGUCUGGCCAUUCCCCCGACAAGAGCGUACCUCGAGACUCGCCGGCACAAUGCAGAAUCACACCACGAUUUAUCGUGUAGAUCGAGCUGGACCUCCGACGCAGGGAGUCGUAACAGUCGUCAAUACUUCGAAUACUACCCAUUUGGAGAGUCGAAAGUUUCAUCGCGAGAAGGGAGCGACGAGGAUGUGAUCAACACGCAAACCGUUGCUGAGAAAUUUGCCAUCUUCCCGGAUAAGGAUCUCAUAGUCUUCCCGCACGACGUGGAAAAGGACGACGAGAUGCAUAAUCCCGACCCAGAGGAUAAAUACCGGGAUUGUCGGGUGUGCACAAAAAGAGGAUUCCUGAACGUUGGCGCCUUGCUUUUCAUUUGUUUAGGCCUUUUGACUCUUUUCAUUGGUUACCCAGUUAUCACCUUUGCCGAAAAAUUGAUUCGUGGCUCUGAUCCAACUGGCUGCAAUGCUGAUCCGAUGUGUCUUGAUGUCGGAAAAAUUUCAAUGAAAAAUAUUCGAACUUCAUUGAUUGACCCUGAUACCCCUGAUUCAGCAAAGUCAAUUACUGCGGCGGAUGGCAAAAAGUGGGAGUUAGUGUUUUCUGAUGAGUUCAAUCGGGACGGACGCACCUUUUUUGAAGGAGAUGACCCAUUUUUGCAAGCAGUUGAUAUUUGGUAUGGCGUUACACAGGAUUUGGAAUGGUAUGACCCUGAUGCCGUUACGACAAAGGACGGCGUUUUGGAGAUACGAUUUGAUGCUUUUCAAAAUCAUGGACUAAAUUAUCGAUCUGGUAUGGUGCAGUCGUGGAAUCAGCUGUGCUUCACUGGAGGGCGUUUGGAGGCGAGCAUAUCCCUUCCUGGUCGAGGCGAUACCUCUGGUCUUUGGCCAGGUUUCUGGUCCAUGGGCAAUCUCGGACGACCUGGAUAUGCCGCUACAACCGAAGGCAUGUGGCCAUACACUUACCACGACAAGUGCGACGCUGGUAUUACUGCAAACCAAAGCUCCACAGAUGGGAUUAGCUUUCUUCCCGGGAUGAAACUUCCAGCCUGCACGUGCGACGGCGAGGACCACCCAACACCCGGAAAGUCGCGAUCCGCCCCGGAAAUUGACGUUAUUGAAGCCAGUGUCCAUCCACUAAAUAAGGAAGUUCCAUCAACCAUCGGUGAUGUAUCGCAAAGUGCACAAAUUGCACCUUUUGAUAUUUGGUAUAUGCCAAACUAUGAAUUUAUGGAAUUGUAUGAUCCCAAAAUCACGCAUAUAAAUGACUACCGCGGUGGCCCUUUCCAGCAAGCCAUUUCUGGAAUCACCAACUUAAACAACGACUGGUAUGACGGCAAAGCAUAUCAAGUAUACGCCUUCGAAUACACGCCUGGUGCGAAAGGAGAAAUAACGUGGUUUGUCGGUAAAGAUAAAACCUGGAAACUCGAUGCACGUGCCAUCGGGCCCAAUGGGAAUAUCGGACAGCGAGUGAUCCCCGUCGAGCCCAUGGCAAUUAUCAUGAACUUGGGCAUGUCCCACAGUUUUGCACCGUUGAACCUGACAGGUCUAGCGCCAUUGCUCCCGGCAAAGAUGAGAUUCGACUACGUGAGACUGUACCAGGAUCCUGAUAAGAAAAGCGUGACUUGUGACCCGCCAGGGAUGGAGACAACGCGCUAUAUCAAGAAGCACAAGGAAGUCUAUACCAAUCCUAACCUGACAACCUGGUCGCAGACAGACUACUCAUGGCCAAAGAACGACUUCGUCCAUGGAUGCGGUUAAUUGCAUUCUCUCUCAUGCGUCCUCUUUGCUUUCGCGACUAUCCCGCAUCUCAAGCAUUUUUUUUUCCCCUGCACCUUUCUCAUUCUGUUUUACUUCGAACCGUUCUCUAGACACCUCAUUAUUCUACGCAUUUCUUCCUGUAAAUGUAUGAAUUUGUAUAAUUGCCGCCUCUAUUUUUCAUUUUUGUUUUCAACUGCAUCACCAUCUUCCAAUUUUUCAUGCUAUGUGUUCCUGUUUUCUUCUUUCCUGCAAUGAUUGCAUUUAGCGUGGCGGCGCCUUAGCAGGCAUUUGGCUGGUGAAAUUAAAACAUAUGCAGAACCCCCAAAAAAAAAAGCAAGCAAGCAUGCAUAAUCAUAAAAACCAGACUCAAAGAGGCCUCACUUGGUAGGUGCUUGGGUUGUCUGCAUACAUCAAUAUAUGCACCCUGCACUCCCCAGUAGC